AUUUGACAGACGUGCGGUUGCUUUGGAAACCAUUUGCAUCACGGAGGACCGAGCCAAGUUUUUGUUAACAAGGAAUGUAACUCGUGUCAUGGUAUUAUUUGCUAAAUGUUAAAUAGUUUGUUGUUUUAUCGCAAGAUGUCGUGUUGACUGUGAACUAUGAAGACUUAAUUGACUGCGGAUGCCCGCCGAGUGCUAAAGCCACUGUGUCAUGGUGUAUCCCACUUGAAGCAUGCAGUCAGAAUGGGACCGUGGACUGGGAGGCCUGGAGGCCGAGGUGGCCAAUAAAGAGAGAGAGUGGAAGGAGCUCCAGACUAUAAGGGUUCAUGAACUAGAGAGUGCCCUCAAAAAGGCCAAGGAAGAGUGCCUCUCUCUCAGGAAACACUACCAGCAGCUGAGGGAAGCUUUCCAGUUUAACUUGACCAUCCUGGAUGAACGAGACAGAGAGCUGGAGAGAUAUGAUGUCAUAACUGACAGAGCUCUGACCGUGGAGCACAACAGCUCUAGUGAAAUUCAAAAGCAAAUGGAGGAGUAUGAGAGAAUGAAAUGGGAUUUGCAACGCAGGAUACAAGAGUUGGAAGGACAGCUGACACUACAAAGACAGGAGAUGACAGCAGCUUUUGAAAGUGAGCUCAGACAGCAGGAACAUGAGUUCAACUUGAAAAUGGAUGAGAUGCGUGCUGUGGUGCUGUCUUAUGAUCUCAAGAUGAAGCUGCUUUCAAAAGAAACUGAAAUUCACCGUCAGGCUCUGUUCCAAGCCACAGAGGCUCUCAAAACAUCUAAGGAGUUCUGUCAAAAGAUACAAACCCAGCUGCAACACAAAGACUGGAUGAUCAAAGACCUCACCGCUGUCAAAGACUAUAGGAUAAAGGAACUUGAGGAGAAGGUGGAAUGGAUGGAGACUAAGUUGAAGAAGGAGGAGGAUGACUGCAUUAAGAAAUAUGACAAUGUGGUCCAGGCUCUGAAGGAGUGUGAUGGGCAAAUGGAGGCUCAGCAUCAGGCCCACACAGAGCAGCUGCAGAGGGCUGAGAAACACAUUGUCAAACUGCAGGAGGAUAUGGAGGUUCUGUCUGCACAGGCACACUCUGUACAGAAAGACCAGCAGGAGGCCAUGGAACAGAAAGAUGACAAAAUACAGAGGUACAAGCAGCAGCUGAGCACUGGUUUGAAGAGAGAGAGGGCCUUAGAGCAACUGCAAGUCCAGGUGGAGCUGGAGUGGCAGAGACGCUGUGAGGAAUUGAAGUCCGUACACUACCUGGCCAAUGAGCAGCUAAUACAAGACAUGACUAAAGCUAGAGACCAGGCUAAAGCAGAGUUGAAUGAAAAAGAACAAGAGCUGCAGGACUUGACUGUCUUACUAUGUUCUGUUAAAAUGGAGAGAGACCAAGCAAUAGAGGGUCUUAGACCAAAGGUAGAUUAUCUGGCAUUGGAAGAGAUCCAUUGUCUGCAGGAGCAGAACAGCAUCUUGCGGGCCGUGGUUACCCAGAUGAGGAAAGACAUGGAAAGUCUCUGUCAUCUCCUGCCCCAUCCCCAAGCCAAGCCACAGACGUCCUCUCCUCAGCCAGUUCAGCAUCCGGGAUUCCCUCUUGCUAUAUCAGUUACCCCUGCAGCUGAUACUCAAAUGGCCACUGGACCACAAGCCCAGUCCACUGAUAUUUCCUCCAAAUCCAGCCCAGCAGUUCCAGACUACACUCAGGCUCUGGAGCAGGAAGUGUCCCUGCUAAAGGCUCGAUGCAGACACCUCGAGGGGCAGCUAGAAAGUGCUACCAGACUUUCCAGCCUGGCUCAAGCCACAGACAAACCUGCAGAGGGCCUGGCACCCAUAAUUCCAGACAGCACACACCCACAGAACCAGGGACUUAAGCAAGGUAGUCUAUUUCUGGAGAAAUGUGCCAACAUGACUGCUUUGAGGAAGCAGGAGGUCAGAGUGGCACAUAUGGAAUCUGAUCCCACCAACAUCAUGGAACAGAAUGUGCUGGUGCAACAGCUCCAAGAGGCAAACCGUUAUCUGUGGCAGCAGCAGCUGGCCUUAGGUCUGAUGUCUGGUGGUUCAUCUGAAAAUAUUCAGCGUACUAGAAGCAACCCUCCUCUCUUGCACACUAGGCUGAAGCAGGCAGCGUCCUAUAUUGCCCACCUGAGCAGGGAGAAGCAACAGCUAAUAGAAAUGGGCAACUGCCUCCGUGCCCAGAUCACCACUGCUGGACUACAGGAGCCAGUGGAGCCAGAGAAAGACUCCUCCACAGAGAAACAAGGAGACCAACAUGACCAGCUGUCUGCUCUGGAACAGCUGCAGUAUCAGCUCACCACACAGGCGGUCUCCCACAGCUCAGGAAGGGGUCCUUCAUGCAUGUCAGCUGGCAGCAUGAAGCUCAACAGUCUAUCAGAGCUCUCAGAAGGCCAAGAACAGCUGCAGCUUUUAAUGCUGGCAAACAUUGCAAGAGAGAGAGUUGGUGAUACCACACCUGUCAGACAACUGGGCUCACACAGGAGAGGAGAGGAGAGAGAGAUUCUAGGUCUGAGCUGUAAUUGGUUCAGUGUUGGACAGCCUGGUUUGUUUGGCCAGACAAAUUCUAGGAGUCAGCAUGGCACAGGCUUGAGACGUUACAGCAAGUCUUUGCUUUUUCACUUCUCUAUCUCCAGUUCUUCACUUCAGGUCAGGAGAAAAGACAGCCAUGUAGGUUGAUGUGGAGGGAGCAUAAAGGAGAGUUAAGAAACAUAAGAGUAUGAGUCAUAAAAGAAUGAACAAAGGAUGUCUGAAACAGUUAUAUUUUUGAGUUGAAGGGACAGUGAGCAGGGAAGCUGGCCCUUGCCUUGGCACAAACCCUAAGGUUACACCUCUAUUAACAGAUGUUUGCACACUCAAAAUUUGACAGGUCUUGUAUAUCAUGCCAAAUGUACAUUUGAGAGUAGUUUUCCCAAAACAGUCAUUAUACUGUAUAUGCUAUUAAAUGACAUCAAACAUGACAUGUUUCCUUUGACAGUCUAAAGACAUGCAGGUUAGGUGACUUUGAUACUCCACCUUGCCCUAUGAAUGAAUGAAACUCUUUGAAAAGUUUUCAAUAUCUACUGCAAUUCAUCAAUGUUUUAGUUUCAGCAUAUAACGUACAUAUGAUAUUUUGUGUGGUGCACUUCCAAAAAGUUGAGCAACACAACACUAGAUUUCAUUCCAUUCUUUAACUUUUUCCAGUAUUGAAAAAAUCUCUGCGCAACUGUUAAAAAUAAAUGUUGAUUUUCUUUUUAUUUGGAAAAAAUAUCAUAUUGCUUUGAAAAUGAAUGUUUUUUUGUUUUUUUUUACUAAUUUUACUCUUUUCAAGUGUAACUUCAUGUUCUGGCCUAGUCAGGUGAGACUGGUGCAUCGGAGGAAAGUGCAACCUGAAAACAAUGAGAAAAGCUCCUGCACAGUGUCUCAAUGAGUUUCAUUGCCACCUAGGGUGGAGAUCAUCUUCUACUAAAAAGAUUAGGCCUUAUGGAUAUUUUCUUUAUAGACUGUCUCCCAAAGGACUGAAUUAACGUUUACUUAAUGUAAUGUUAUAACCUUAUUCUGAUUUAAUAUUUUAUUAAAUAUAGGCCCAUUCAGGUAUGUGGAAGGUUAGAUUGAUAAGAUGACUACCCACUCCAGCAUUUAUCCUGUCUCAAUUGCUUCUGUCUCUUCAUGUAAUUCCAGACUGACUCAAUAAUGUUGAGAUCAGGGCUCUGUGCAGACCAUACCAUCUGUUGCAGAGCUCCUUGUUCUUCUUGUUACUGAAGAUAGUUUUUUAUGACCCUGGUUUUAUGUUUGAGGUCGUUGUCAUGCUGCAGAAUAGAUUUGGGACUAAUCAGAUGCCUCCAUGAUGGUAUUCCAUUAUGGAUAAGAAUCUAAACAUCUAAAGUGGCUAAAACCUUUGCACAAUAUAAGUAAAUGGAAGUGUUGUGGUGCCGCCCAUACACCUGAUGAAGGUCAGACAGACUGAAAUGUUGUGAACUAAAAAAAUAUUUCAGCACUAAGCAAGACAGCAUGCAGGAGUUUUUCCUCAUUUUUGUCACUUUUUCUAGUAUGAAAUACACGAGCCCAGUGUUGAUGAAUACAGUGGUCAGAGUGAUACAGUUUUUUUUAAGACAAGUAUGUGUAGAUUGAUUAUUUAAGCACUUUUUUUUAGAUUUUUAUGCCUUUUAUUAUAUGGGCAAUGUAGAUAUGACAGGAAAUGAAGGGAGAGGGAUAUGGGGGGUGCACAGAUGUUGUGGUUAUGUGGCAUGUGUCUUAACCAGUAGGCUAUUACUAUUCGUCAAAUAGACAGGGCGUGGGUAGCCAAGCUUAGUAUUAGGACUGGAAGCAAGAGAAAACAGCUAGCCUGACUCUGUUCAAAGUUCCAGAAUUAGAUUACCAGCAGCUGUAAAGCUCAAUAAGUAGCACAUAUCUUAUUUAUCUAAUCUGUACACAAACAGAAAUGUAAAAAUGGCAACUUGUGGUUUUUGGUUACAUGCUGGAACUAUUUCUUGGUGAAAAAACAGCUGUUGUCAAGCAACCAGCAGAGAUACUCCACAGAAAUGCUGGCUGGAUGGAUAAACUGUUACAAUAAGUCACCCCCUAAAACCACAUCAUCAUUUCAUUAUUGUCAUUUUUAUAUAUUUUUUUUAAUAUUGUUUUUG